AUGGCUAUAUCAGCUAUCAAAAAUCAAAAGAUUCAAUCAAACAGGGAAGCCGCUAGCAUAUUCAGCGUGCCUGAACCUACCCUUCGCGCUCGCCUUCGAGGAAGAAAGCCACGCUCAGAAACACGCGCUAACGGCCAUAACUUAACGGCCGUUAAAGAGGAAGUCCUUAUAAAGCGUGCGCUAGACGCAGAUAAACGUGGCUUUUCAAUUCGACCGCAGUUUCUACGCGAAAUGGCGUAUAUCUUACUGCGCGAGCGUACACAGGACCCUACUGCAAUCAUUGCACUGCGUAAACGAUAUAAUCGAAGGAUCACAUACCAGCGUGCAAAGCAGGAGGAUCCGAUGAUCUUACAAUAA